ACAGAAGUUUUGAUCCACUACAAAAGAAAAAGAGGAGCUUCGCAAUCAAGUAGUGGACAACAAACUUUUUGUGCAAUCAAGCAGAAGAAGUCAUCUGAAGUCACUUUCAAUGUUAUCUCACAGAAUGAACCAAGGGAGAAAUGUGUGGAAGAACAGAAUUUUUGUAAUCAACAGGACAAGAGCAGCAGCUUAAACUACAUGCUUAACAUAUAUAGUAAAGAAGAUCACACUCGAAAUGUAGUACAGAGUGUGAAAGAAGACAUACAUACAGAGCUCAUUCAGUCCAAAAUAAAAGUCUCACAAUUUAAGCCAACAACAUUUUUUGGUUUUCAGAACACUCCUGUACAGGAAUUGGAUCCGAAUACCAACAAGUUCGUCGAGCGUCUGGAUAAUCUAAGAAUAGACAUUAAUGUACCACUGGAACCAGAGAGUGAUGAGAUGUUUCAAAGAGGAUACAAUAUGAUUAGUAAUUUUCUAGACAAGGCAAGGGAAAAAUAUUACUUUGUUGACGACAGCACCCCGUCAUUCAGGAUCUCUGAUGAUGUAGAUGAUUGUGCAAAUAUUAUUGAAGAACAUAAACUAUGGAGGCCUGUAGGAAUGAAAGAUGCGUGUUACAACAAAAAGAUAGAUGAAGCAAAGUUGAAAAUCACAAAAAACUUCAAGGAAAUACAGCCUAAAGAUUUUGAUGUUCAUCUCCAAGAUAAUACAAACCAAAAGGUAAGAAGUAGUUCGUUCAAGGUUCUAAGCAUUCAGUGUGCCCAGAGGGACCCACAAAGUUACAAGAUGUGCAAAACACCAAAACCUGCCAUACCAGAUGAGGAGAUUGUUGAUUUGGUAACACCUGAAGGCCAAGUAACAACGUUUUGGAAUCACAAGCAAACCUGCUACUCGCCAUGGAAAAGUAAUAGCCACAUGAAAACAGAAAGCCCCCCACUCAAAAUGAGGAAGCAAUACUACAAUGUACCAAUAGUAGGUAGAAGGUUAUUUGUUGAGGAGGAAAACUACGACCAAGAUUCCAUCGAUAGCAAAGGAAACGAAGUACAUUUCAUAGAAGAAAAAUCUGAGAGCUCAAAAUUUAUCGAGAUAGAAACUUCAGGGAACAAAGAAACACAAUGGUGAAUAGAACAGAUGAUAUUUACAAUACAAGUCUGUCGCUAGGAACGUCAAGCAGUUUACGUGGAAAAGAAAAUUUACCACCAAAGAGGGUUAUUCAACCAAGCAGGUACCUGAGUUCUCCAUAUGAGUGUGAUGAUAGGGGUCCAAUAAUGCAACAUGAGUUAAAGAUGUACGAAAUCAUAACAUUUUUGGGUGAUGUUGAAUGCAUAGCAACCAAAGCAGCAGUUAACAUUGACAAAACAAUCGCCACAUACGGACAGCUCGGGAACUCAAUGAAAAUAGAUGCUCGUGUUGAGUCAUACGUUAUAAACGUGUACUGCAGGCAUCUAUUCAAUUCAAAUCAUCCUAGGAACUCACGAAAGCACUACUUCUUUCACACUGUAUCUCUAAGCAAACAUACAACUAUGCUGUGAACUUCUUUUGACGUCUUUACUUUUUUUUCUAUUUUUUUUUGUCAUCAUUCUUAAUUUGUUAAUUUUUUCUGUUAUUCUAAAAAUUCCAACCUUACACAAUUUCAAAGGAAUAUUUUCUUGGGAAAUGGAAAAACGAAGAGACAAGGAUUUGGUGGAGGAACAAGCUAAUUACAAGUUUCACCGGAGCUUCAAAAGCACAUGACCUUUACAUGUCAGAUAAGCUAUACUUUCCAACACUGCACAACUCACAUUACUUUCUGUUCGUCGUGGACUUCACUGGACGCAAUUCAAUUUUUUGGAUUCGGUCUAUGACGAGAACAACUCGUACCACAAGGGCAUCAAGAAAAAAAUUAUUUCAAGUUUUAUUUGCAUUUGGUACAAAUCUCAGAUGAAAGCAAUGAACUUCAAUUCAUUCACUACAGUAUAUCCAAGAGUCCCUCAACAAAACAACGACACUGAUUGUGGGAUUUUCACUAUGAAACUGAUGGGAUGGUGCCCAAGGAACCCAAUCCCUAUAGCUUUUUCAGCAAAAGACAUACCACAUGCAAGAAUCAGAUAUGCUGUUGAUCUCAUGUUCAGCCCCUACAACAAGCUAUAUGAUGAAAAGAAACGUGUCAAGGAGUACUGCCUAUAGGGAAUGGAAAGACAAACGCCAGAUGCUUAGCAGUGGCCACUCAACAAACUGUUGCCUACACAAGACAAAAGACUUAUAUAGGAAAAUCUAGUGAAAAUACUAUAUCCUGCAUAGUACAGGAUAGCAAAAGAAUACAACAAAAAAUAUUUUUUCCAUGUUGGACAGAUGUAAACAUUUUUUUGCGUUCUACCAUUUUGUUAUUGUACUGAAACCUAAGUCUGCUCCUUUUAUCUUCA